AUGGAAAAUGCAAAGAAAAUGAUAUUUAUUGAACCUGGAUUGAUUGAAAAAUUAAAACAGGAAAAUAAGGUUAAUAGUAAUUUGUCUCGAUUAGAUAUUGAAAUGCAAAAUAUUAUGAAUAGUAAGACGGAAGACCGUAAGAAGUGGAUUUUAUAUUUACAAACACUACAAAGAUACCUUCACUUUACCGAAGAGGAUCGUCAACCACUCAGACUACCAAUUUAUUCUAAUACAUCUAAUGAAGAUUCAAAUGAGUCUAAAAUUGUCUUUAAAAAUAAAGACAGCGACCUAAGACGUAUAGUUGAUGCUGAAGCUUUGUUGGAGGAGAAUGGAUCUAUUAAAAGUGAAGAAAAUGAUACAAAUCCACUUUACACACCAACUCAAAUACUUAGUUCAAUACCAAAAACUUAUAAUAAAAAAGGUCAGUUAUUAUUAAACUUAGUGGGAACAAAUAAAAGUAAAAUAGUAGUAGUUAGUUUGUACCGGUUCUGGCUCACGAGCCAGAAC